AUGGUCAUUUUGACUUCGGUUCGCAAGUCACCAGCUUAUUUAUAUGCGAAAACAUACUGUCUCUGCUCAUUGGUCUCCUUGGUCCAAGCCACGCCUGUUUCAUCGAGAGUUCGGGUAACUCAUACAAGAACACGUUUUCGAAACGGUCGAGUUGUCGUGUCUUUGCUUGCGACACAGGAAGAGAGUGAUACAAACUUCCGUCAUUUAUCGACUACACAGCCAGCAAAAGGCUCCCUCUCCCAGAAAACUAGGGGCAUAGUUGGAAGAUGGUAUCAAAGAGCUGUUGACUUGGCAUCAGUCAAGACACUCCUGCAGAGGGACGAGACGGACGUCGCAACAUACCCGGAACUACAGUGGGACGCUAAAGUCAGACAAGGCUCUUCUCUUCAUCAUGGAGAAAACAAGUUCGUUGAGCUUCGCAAGUUGAGAAUUUCAUCGCAAGGAGAAGAUUCAUUACAUCGCUUUUUGGAUCUCCCGCCGGAUGAGAAGGUUGACUACCGAGAUGUCCCGCUCAUCGCGCUCGGCGGUUCAGGUGGGGGUUACAAGGUGAUGUACGGCUUCACCGGGUUUAUUUCAGCUGCCAAAAAGCAUGGCCUAUGGGAUUGCAUAACCUGGACGGCUGGCGUUAGUGGAAGUUGUUGGGCCCUUGCGGCUUACUACACCAUUGCUCGGCAUGACAUACAACGGUUGAUUGAUCACUAUCUCACAGUGGCGAGUGAGCUCGCACACCCAAUGAGUAUCCAUGCCUUGAAUAUGGUUGCACGAAGUAAACGAGGUGUCUACUUUCUGAUAGGUCCCCUGGUCAGUAAAGCGCAGAAGAGUAUAAUUGGGUUGGGAAUCAUGGAUUUAUACUCGACUCUUACAGCGACAUAUCAGCUUCUGUCGAGAGAGCCAAAGGGUAGACUGAGCAGAGCGACAUUUCAAUGGUCCAAGAUCUGGCAUCGAUCGGGCAUAGACAAGGGAUUGGAGCCGAUGCCGCUUCUCGCAGCUGUCAGACGCGUGCCGAAGUACUCAUAUGAGCCAAAGACAAUAUUGGCCAAGGCUAAAGAUGCGAAGAAAGAGCCUACACCUCAACAGAUUGACUCUGUCGAAGGAAAUGACCAAAAAAAACCAGCAGUCUCUGCGAACAGACGUUCUAAGAAGCUCUUCCAGUAUUUCGAAAUCUCACCUCUCGAAGUCGGCAGUCCGGACCUCAACCGUUACGUCCCAACUUGGGCAUGGGGACGUACCUUCAUCUCGGGGCAUUCGGUGGAUCGCCGCCCUGAGCAGUCCUUCUCACUUCUGUUGGGCCAGUGCACUAGUGCUCCAGCUGGCCCUCUUGCCGAGUGCAUCAAAGCACUUUUAGUCACUAUACCCAAGAACACAAUAGUGGCACGACUGGUCAUUAUCUUCAACAACUUACUCCAGUCGAAGCAUUUUGAGGGCUUUUGGGGAAAUCCGAUCCGUGCGGGACAUGAUCCGAAUCCAUUCUAUGGACUUGAAAGACCUGUAGGGAUGCGAGAGCAUACUUCAGAGCAUUCCAUGUAUAUCUCGCGAGUUGCUCAUCAGCAUCAACGAGGGAUGCAUAGCAGUGAUAAAUCCGUGUCAGAUCAUGCGGCCUUACAGUCACAAUCCCUACCGCCAUGGGAAGCACAAGGACGUACAAGACUCAUGGACUCCGGCAUGGCGAAUAACCUUCCCAAUCAUAUUCUCGCUCGACCUGAGAGAGGCGUUGACGUUUUUAUCUCGUUCGAUGCAUCUUCAGACAUUCAUACUGGUGCAGCUGUGCAAAGACUACAUCACUUCGCUGCCGACUUCGACAUUGAGUUGAGAGAUGUGACGCGAGAGUUCCACAAGCCACAGCACAACACAGCCUUAACUUCAAGUCUCGCGUUGGAAGUUGAAUCUCGAUACAUGGAUCACUACGCCAGGGUCUUUCAUGGAAAAAGGCAGAGUGGGCAAGAUGUGUAUAUCAUCUACUGCGCGCUCUUACCAAACGGGUUAAACCCAACCUAUAACCCUACGGUCAGUCCUGCACCAACCCAUGCGAUUACUAACUACUGA